UUGUCUAUGGCAUUCAUUUUAAAUGGCGGCUCUAGUCCUUGCUGCUGCUGUCGUUUUGUGUAUGAAUUAAAUAAAUUACUAUAGUUUCUGUACUUAGAAAACAUUUUGUAAACAGGCAGUGGAAAUGUAAAUUAUCCUUACAAUCGCUACUUGAAAAGUUAAUCGCAAAGUGUAGUUCUAAAGGACGGGUAUAGGCCAGAAUGUCGAGCGAUGAAGACAAACCACCCGCGCCUCCAGUGCGCCUAACCAGCAACAGGGCAACCGACCGUGGAGAUUCCGUAGCCUCCGUAGAUAUGAGGCCUUUACCAAAAGAACCUGAUGAUAGUGGGGACAGAAAGAAAAAAACAUUAAAAGCAAAAAUUAAAGGCUCUAAAAGUACUGCCCAUAAUGAUAAUAAGCCAAAUAUUAGCUACCCAACUAACUUUGAACACACAGUUCAUGUAGGAUUUGAUGCUGUUACUGGAGAGUUCACAGGCAUGCCUGAAGCUUGGGCGAGAUUGUUAAUGGCAUCCAACAUCAGUAAGCAAGAGCAGAAGAGUAACCCACAGGCAGUUCUAGAUGUUCUUAAGUGGUAUGACGCCUCGGCAACUCAACCGCCGCCAUCGAAAUAUAUGACAUCUGCUCAGAUGCACACUACACACUCUGGUUCUUCUGUGUCGCGGGUUUCGUCGAGCAGUCCCUCGUCUUCCACUCCGACGGACACGGAGCACCCGGAGCCUCCGCCGCCGCCACCGUCUCGGCCCGACCGCACCAAGAGUAUUUAUACAAAGCCAAUAGAGGAAAUAGAGGAAGCGCCUCCCCCGCGCCCGCCCGCGCCCGCGCCCUCCUCGCCGCCGCACGUGCCGCAUCCUGCGCUCACGACUCAUUCAAUAUGCAGCCGAGGAGAGACGGGCUCGGCGCUGGACCGCAACAAGAACCCCGCCGGCGCGCAGACGCCGCCCGCGCUGGCGCCACACCCCGCGCUGCCCGCGCUCCCCGCGCUGCCCGCGCACGCACCGCCCGCGCCGCCGCCCUCCAACGGAGCUCCCGCCACCGAAACCGGACGAGCAGCUGGUCAGCAACAGAGGAAAAAGAAAAUGACAGAUGAAGAAAUUUUAGAAAAGUUAAGAACAAUUGUCAGUGUAGGAGACCCCAAUAGAAAAUAUACAAAAAUGGAAAAGAUUGGUCAAGGGGCAUCAGGUACAGUGUACACGGCCAUAGAGACUUCCACCGGCAUGGAAGUGGCGAUCAAACAAAUGAACCUCAGCCAGCAGCCCAAAAAAGAGCUCAUCAUCAACGAGAUCCUCGUGAUGCGGGAGAACAAGCACAACAACGUCGUCAACUACCUCGACAGCUAUUUGGUGAACGAGGAGCUGUGGGUAGUGAUGGAGUACCUGGCGGGCGGCUCGCUCACGGACGUGGUGACGGAGACGUGCAUGGACGAGGGGCAGAUCGCCGCCGUGUGCCGCGAGGUGCUGCAGGCGCUGCACUUCCUGCACACCAACCACGUCAUCCACCGCGACAUCAAGUCCGACAACAUCCUGCUGGGCCUGGACGGACAGGUCAAGCUGACCGACUUUGGUUUCUGUGCUCAAAUAUCCCCUGAACAAAACAAGAGAACCACCAUGGUUGGAACGCCAUAUUGGAUGGCACCUGAAGUUGUUACGAGAAAACAAUACGGCCCCAAGGUAGACGUAUGGUCUCUGGGUAUAAUGGCAAUCGAGAUGAUCGAGGGGGAGCCGCCGUACCUCAACGAGAACCCCCUGCGGGCGCUGUACCUGAUAGCGACCAAUGGCAAGCCCGACAUCAAGGACAAGGAGAAACUCAGCACCGUCUUCCAAGACUUCCUCGACCAGUGUCUAGAAGUCGACGUGGACGGCCGCGCGACUGCUCUAGACUUGCUAAAGCACCCAUUCCUCAAGAUGGCGCGGCCGUUGGCGUCGCUGACUCCUCUCAUUAUGGCCGCGAAGGAGGCGGCCAAGGGCCAUUAGCGCAGGCCCGCGGCGCCCGCCGCACCCGCGCAGUAGCGCCACCAGUGCCUCGCGCGGCCCCCGCCCGCGCUCCGAUGCCCACGACCACCGCCCGCGGGGGGUCGCCCCCGGGCUGUACAGUCGGUCAUCAUCGAAUCGGUGUAAUUAACUAUCUACAUAUAGAGCAAUAUUUUAUGUUUGUAUAAAAAUGGCUGCAGAUUAUUAAUACUGAAAGAGGUGAUCAUAUUUUUACAAACGAGAGGUCGAUAACGUAGCAGUCCAAUAGGCGUAGCGGUAGGUGUCGUGUAGAAUCGUUAUUUAUUGUAAUUAAAGGACGCCGUCGGGUCGCCGUGCCCCUCCCGAGCGCGCCGGAAAGCGAAUUCGUAUAGUGUUUUGUAGAUAUAGGCGUUAGAUACUCGAAAUGUUAUGAUAAAAUCUGCGAAAAGAAGACUGGCAGUUGACUCUUAGACGUAAUGUUAUAUAAUAGUAGAUUACGGUAGUAUACAAUUAUGGAAACAGCUUAUUCACUGUGAUGGUAGUAGGCGGGACCGCGGGGAGCACGGCCCCGCGCGGCGGCGACUGAGAGUGCACGCGACGUGUCGCCGGGCGAAGUGUAGUCGCGCCGGCGUCGAUUACUAGAUGAGAUUCUUUUUAUAUUUUAGCUUGGAGAAGCACGCAUUUUAUCAAUAUUUAUGAAUUAUGAAUAUGUGUGUGUAUAGUUGCGUAUUCUUAUUUUUAUUUUAGACUGACCUUACUUUAUAUUAAAACAGAAUGCCCGUCGCAACGGGCGCCGCUUUCACGAGCGAGUUUAUCGCCGUGCCGGCAAAUUGUUAAGAGACCAAACCAGAAAAUGUUUUAUUGAGCAAAACGUAAAGACCGUGCCUGAAGUUCUAAGUAUUUACUGUACACUAUUUUGGUAGCAGAGCAUGGUACAGUUGACGGAAGUUAUGAGGCACAAUAAACUCGCUCGUGGAGACUCGACGAAUUAACAUAUUUAACUAAGAGCUGGUGAUGGCCAGGCCUUUUUAUAAAAUCUGAAAGUAUGUCAGCAAUCAUAGGUAAGUAAGGCAGGCAACUAUGAAGUUUGGAUCAUACCUUCCAAAGUGUAAAUAAUCCUACUAAACGUUUGCUUAUCAUUUAACAUUAUGGGGCUGAUGGACCAUCAACUUUUAUAAAAUGACGAAGGUCUGGCGAUGACAUGCUCUCGCUCUGUAAUGCUUAUGAUUGUCGGUACUAUAGCUUGCUAGUUAGGUUAGGCUAUGCCUAUUAUUAUUAUGGAACUAUAACUUAUUGCGAGCUGCUUUAGUGUUUUUUUUUUUGAGGAUAAUUAUUUAUGUCAUUAUUCUGGAUAAUUUCAAUGUUUUAGAGCUAUUUAAAUUUUGACGUUACAGGUUUGCAUAAGUUUUAAUUUAAUUAAUUACGAAUGUAUUAUGAAAUAUAACUUUAUUUUUGUGACGAUAACACUGUUAGUCAUGAGAGCGAAGCAUUUACAUAGUAUUAAGUUUAUAUAGUUUAUUGUACUGAUUAUAAUUCGGAAUGUGAAAGAUUGGUAAUUUAUCGUUUGAGGCACAAAAGUUUUAUUUCCUAUAGAAUAAUAUUUAAAAAAAUAUAUGCAAUUUAAUAAAGGGGCUCAAAGAUUAGUGGCCGCCCGCCAUUUUGAAAUUUUACGAGAAUGAUGUCGCAUUCUGAGACCCAUCUAAAUCUAUAGUAUACCACUUUAUCCACAAGUUAUAAUAAGAGCACAAAACGCAUGUCCUUUUAUACCUAAUUUAUUUAAAAUUAUGUACAUAUGUUUUGGUUUUUAUAAAAUGUUAUUCAAAAGAUCUAUAUCUAAUUGUUCUAACUUUAUCAAUCUAAUUUAUUGUCAUUAAUUUAGGAACAAGUAAUUAAUAAAUUUUAGGUGUAAAAUGACUAGCGAUUUAUACCCAUAUUUUUAAUUUCAUCAUCAUUGACAACCUACUCGAAAAAAAGCGUCAUGUUUUAAAUAUGGUGUCUUGUGAACAUAUAUAUGGGAAAAACUCUCGUGCGAAUGAGGGCUUAGGGUAAUAGUCCACCCCACGCUAUAGCACAAUACGGAUUUGCAGGCUACUCACACGUAGCCUGCCAAUCCGUAUCCGUAUAUACACGUUAAGGUAGGCAGGUUUCCUCACAAUUUAUUUGCUUUUAUUUAUUUAAUUUAUUAAAAGACCCGUGAUAGCCCAGUGGAUACUUACGACCUCUACCUUCGAUUCGGCGUGGAUUCGAAUCCGAUCCAUGGCAUGCACCUCCAACUUGACCGCUUUGUUAAUUUGUUUAUUGAUAAAGUAAUAUCUUUGACAUCAAAUUUUCGGAACCUGAGAGCUUAAACACAAAAUGACUUAUUAUAUUUUUUAACCAUGUGAUUAUUCUUUACCGAUUUAUAAAGGUCUUAACAUGCGUCAGCAUUUUGGAAAUAUCAAAAUGGCGGUAGAUCAUACCGCCAAUACAAAAAUCUUUGAACCCCUUUCAUGAAGAGUAAAUAACAAAUUACCGAGACAAUAGCAAGCAGUAGUCAUAUAUUGUAAUUAUUAAACUUAAAGGUAAACAUUUUAAUCAUGAAAAAUGUAAAAAAAAGAACCACAAUACUAUAACGAUUAUUUUAAAAUGUAAAAAAAACGACUCUCUGCUUUUAUACUAAACGUAUGGGUUGUGCCGAUAGAUGCUGUUAAAUAAUUUUUUUUUGUAUGUAAUUUUAGCUAUUUCUUUUUUGUUUUGGGCGGAAUGGUUGAUUGAUGUAUGUUUGAACGAUUGAUUGGUGAUCAACAGUGAAGGAAGGGAUAGUGAGGUUGUCAAGUAUUGGAGUGUAAAUUGUACAGAUAAUAGUUAGACUCGUGUAGUAUACUCUUGACAAUAUCAAUGACCAAUUAUGCUAUCUAGAUUUUUUAUGUUCUCAGGUUGGUGCAAAACGAUAUAUAGGUCUACAAAAUAUUAUUUGACGAUUCAAAUAUUUACCCUGCCCUGUAGCACACCACGCACCACGACAUAUCUACUCGAGAAAAAAUCAAACGUCGACCAAUAGCGGCAGAAUCAAAAGAGAAAUAUGUUUUAACUCCGCCGCUAUUGAUCGUCAAUAUGUAAUUUUUUUCACGAGGUAAAUGUUGUUGACGCACACUAGGCCUACUGUUCUUAUAAUCAAGCGAAUACUAACAAUGGCGGAAUAAUCGAUGCAGUAUUCACAAUUCCUGAAAUCUUAAUUCGUUAUAUUCAAUCAUAGUAAUAAAUAGAACUAGAGAGAACCACAAACGUCGACCAAUAGCGACAGAAUCAAAAGAGAGAUAUGUUUUAACUCCGCCGCUAUUGAUCGACAAUAUGUCACUUUUUUCACGAGAUAAAUGUUGUUGACACACACUAAGCUUACUGUUAUAAUAAUCAAGUGAAUAUUAAUGGCGGAGAUAAUCGAUGGAGUAAUUAUAAUUCCUGAAAUAUUAAUUUGGUUUAUUCAUUCAUAGUAAUUAUUAGACUAUAAUACUAAUCAUCGAGUAUGAAUACUGACUGGUAUUAAUAAAUAAUAAUUGGGACAAAUACAAUAACUGGAUAAUUAAUAAAAUUAUCACUUGAAUACUAACAAUCAGUGGAAUAUUAAUAAUAAUCAUUAAUUACAGGGAAUUUAAAUUCAGACUAUAACCAGGCUGGCUUUGUAAAAGCAGGAACAUGUUUAUGAAUUACUAGCGGAAGCCCGCAACUUCAUCAUAAAUCCAAACUAUGAUAGUACUACGGAUUUUUCCGGGAUGUAAAGUAGCCUGUAUGUUAAUUAUAUUAAACAGAAUAAAAUCUAAUUCCAUUCCAAAUUUCAGCCAAAUCGCUUCAGUAGCCGCAGCCCAAAGGAGAAACAAACAUACACACUUACACACACUUUCACACACAAACUUUCGAUUUUAUAGUGUGAUCAUCAGCCUGUGAGUGGUUGCGUUCAUGUAAACGUGUUUCUAUGCCACUCGCAUCCUCCUAUAUCACUAAAUAAUUUAACAACGCGUUUCUGCUAUUAAUAUUAAUUUAACAAGGCGUUUGUGUUGUCUACUUAAUAUUACAUCCAAAGCCAAACCAACAUACCCCCAUGUUUAUAAUACUGAGUUACCCCCAUGUUUAUAAAAAAAGUAAAGAUUUUUUCAAAGUAAAGUGGACCUAAUAACUACUACCUAAAGUUCACUUUACUAUGAAGAAAAUUGAAAAUCCAGCAUGCAACCUAAUGUUUUGCACAUUAGAAAAGCGUUGGAAAUUAUUUAGUGAUAAGGAGGAGGUGAGUGUCAUAGAAACUUAUUUAUACUAAACGCAACCAGACGUAGGCCGAUGAUAAUAAUUCAUAAACAUUUUUUCCUCUUUUCGGCCGUUAGAGUUACAGAGAAGGGUCACCAAAUAAUCGGCUUUGUAUUAAAUCUGUUUUUUUUUUGGUUUAUUUAUAUUGCAGUAUUUUUUCAAGAUAAGUUAAAGGCUUUUUUGAGUACCUUUUUAGUUGCAAACUGCAAGUAUUAUUAUGUUAUACCAGAAUGAUAUAUACUCGUAUGCUGAAACCUAACAAAAACACUAAGUUAUUAAUGUUUCUGACCGACGUUAGAAGGAUUUGUUUAUUAAUUCUAAACAUAAUAUGUAUAAUUAGAAAAUAAUCACUGUAAUAUGAAAGAAACUCUGGAAUGUGUCUAAUAACUGUGUCUAAUAUGUGACGGUUAAUGAUUAAAUAAAAUCGUAAUAAAACGUUACAGGCAGACGCCCGCGUGCAGGGGCGUAGCUACCACCGUAUCAGUGAUACGGGGCCUUCGGACUACAGGGGCCCCUUACGUGUGAAAGCAAAAAAUAAGAAAAAUAUAGGUAAUCCACAAUCUCUUUUUACUCUGGUUAAGCGUGCGCCCUAAAGUUGAAAACAUACUUACUCGUAGAUUAGGUCUCUGACAUAUUUAUUUUAUGCGAGCAUUUUUGUUUCUUUUGUGAGAAGUCUUUACUUACCCUUCAUUUGGGCCUGCCAAGUAAUUUUAAUAUCCCCUCCAAGGCACGCUACGCCACUGACCGUGUGGUAUCAUCUGAUCCUUCUCACUUUGAAAAAUGCCAAGAUUGUAAACAAUUACAUUAAUUUAUUACAAUUUACACAAACCUUGACAAAUUACACACCUUCCUCAUUAAUCACUCAUUAUUAAAACUCAUUAUAAUAAUUAAUGAAUUUAUAGUUGAUGUUACAAGCACAUGGUCCACCUAAUGUUAAGUGAAAACCCAUCUUCCGUGGGCGUAACCAGGUUUGUAUUUAUGGGGGGCAGCUACAUACUUAAAUUGAGUAUCUCAUUAUUAAUUGAUAACUGUCCGACCAAACCAGCUUUUACGGCCGAAAGCGAAAUUGCAGCUUCAGCUUCAGUUUCAGUUUCGGCCGGGGUUUCAACCGAAACGAAACGGUUCUCAACCCACAUCCCGCUCCUCUUCUAUCGCAUAGCUAUGGAGUUCAAGUAACCGACCACUCUGCUACCUCGGUACGCCCAUGCCAUCUACUAUAACAGUUCGGAGAUGUUAGGCCUCAUGUGCCUGUAAUUUCACCGCUAAAAAGAGAUAGUUUGUGUGGUUGUCGGGGGUAAUCUCUGGGACUACUGAACCCAUUUUGAAAAUUCUCUUACUAAUGUAAUACCACAUUAUUUUGUGAGUGACAUAUACAUAUUUAAUCCCCGUAUUCCCACGGAAAGUGUCGACUAGUAUAUUAUAAUAUGCGAGUGUGCGUAUGUCGGUGUCUUAAAGUAUAUGCGUCAUCGUUUACCAAAGGGCGAGAGUGCAGUAUAAUAUUUAAUUAAAAAUAUAACUUGCGUUGUACUACUAACCCUUCAUAUAUACCCCUAUAUAUAUAUAUAUAUAUAUAUAUAUAUAUAUAUAUAUAUAUAUAGGUAUGUGUGUGUGUUUUGUAGUAUCACCAACUCACAACAUUAUAAAAAAAAACAAUAUGCAUUACAUUACCUUGACGGUUGUAAGUUUAGGUAUAUGUGACACUUUACUGUAAAAGAAUAUCCUUCCAAAAGAAAUAUCAUCCGUAGGUAGGUAGGUAGGAAGGAGGUUCUCUGUUCCGCUGUACUUAUGUUUCUUUAUAUUAUUCCUUCAUUAAACGCAGUCUUGUAGAAACUAAAUAUUUGACACGCUACGCUGCUUGAAGCCGCAUGUUUACUUUAUCUUUAUACUUGCCCAAUAACAUGGCCUAUACACAAAAUAUAAGCACUUUAUAAACGGCCUAUAAUUUAAAUUGCACAACCCGUAAACCUGCACCAACCAUUACCAAAUAGUGUGCAAUAAGGUAGUCUUAUAAAAAAUAGCCAAACUUCAAGAGAGCUUGAACAAAAUAAUUCAUUAUCUUGUUUAACUUAUAUAUAAUUGUAUUAACUAUGUGAUCAUGAAGAUGAAUUUGAGUAUGCAUUAGUUAAGUCAAGAAACUAACUGUAAUUAUUACGUAAUUUAAGUUGAAAAUGUAUUAAUAAAUGUAAUACGAUAUGAGACUAUAUUGCGGUUUUUUCAUGAUUUUUUGACAGUUGUAAACACCAGUGCCAUGUAAGAGCAACUUGUGCAUAUAAAUUACAACCAUACUAUAAAUAAAAGACUCAACUUUAA